CCACGCCUCCCUCUCCCCACCCCGCUGCCCGGUGCCCAGCAUGUCGGCCCAGUCGCCGCUCAUCUCCGUGCCCGUCAAGCAGACGGACGAGGUGGAUCUGGCCACGCCCGUCGCCGCCCUCAUCCGCUCCAGCUACGGCGAGGACCCCAAGCAGCACGCCGAGGCCCUCAGCGCGCUCAACCGCGCGCGCCAGGACGCCGUGCGCGGCGCAGGCAGCGAUGCCACAGCGCGCGACCUGCUCUACAAGUGGUUUCACAUGCUCGAGAUGCUCGAGCUGCGCUUCCCAGAGCUGCGAGUGCCCUUUCCAUGGAAGGACGCCUUCACCUCCAAGCCCAUCUCGCAGCACUCGCUCGCCUACGAGAAGGCCUCGAUCAUCUUCAACAUCGCCGCGACACUCUCCUCGCUGGCCUCGCGCUCGUCGCGCCUCUCGUCUGCCAAUGCCGACACAUCGACGUCCGACGGGCUCAAGCUCUCGUUCCUCUCGCUGCGCCAGUCGGCCGGCAUGCUCUCCUACAUCAACGACAACUUCCUGCACGCGCCCUCGACGGACAUGUCCAAAGACGUCGUGCGCUGGCUCAUCGACCUCAUGAUCGCCCAGGCACACGAGGUGCUCUGGGAGAAGACGGUCGGCGAGGGCAAGGGCAACAGCCUCAGUGCCAAGCUGGCUGCCAGCGCGGCAGACCGCUAUGCCAAGCUGGAGAAGGAUGCAAAGGACUGGGUUGGCAAGGGCAUCAUGAACAAGAGCUGGGCAUCGCUCGUGGCUUGCAAGGCCAAGUACUUUGCAUCCAGCGCACAGUACUACAGGGCGCUGGCAGACGCAGCGGCGAACAACCACGGCGCGUGCCUCGUGCGUCUGACGCUCUCGGAGACGCUGGCGAAGGAGGCGCAGAAGCUCGCGACCGUCUUUGGCAACGGCCUCGCAUCGAGCGCCUGGGGUGCAUCACUCGCUGCGACGCUCGACUCGCCGCCUGCAUCGCCGGCCGGCGGCAGCGGCAGCACGUCGAACGGCCUGCCGAGCGAUGCGGCGUCCAUGAUGACUGUCCUCACUGCCACGCAUCUGGCGCUCGUGACGGGCCGCAAGAACGUGGCGGUCAAGGACAACGACCUCAUCUACCACGACAUUCUCCCGUCGGAGAGCCAGCUGCCGACCAUCGAGCCCAUCGUCGCUGCGACGCCCAUCUCGAUCCAGGAGAUCUACGCCAGUCCCGACGUGCAGAAGCUGAUCGGUGCGCCCUCGGCCGGCGCAGCCGGUGGCGGAGGCGCCAGUGGCCUGGCGAGCAACGACCUCUUCUCGCGUCUCGUGCCGCUUGGCGUGCACGAGGCGGCGAGCAUGUACAGCGAGGAGAAGGCGAGUGUGGCGCGCGGCGAGGCGGAACGUGUCGACCUGGCCGACGGCGAGCUCGCCGCGGCGCUCGAGUACAUGGGCAUGCCUGGCGCGCUGGUGCGCUUCCGCAACGUCGGCUCCGGCGGCCUCUCGCAGUCGGCCAUCGACUCGCUCACCGAUCCGGGAAGAGAGGUGCGCGCAUGGGCUGAGGAGGAGCAGCGCGGCGGCGGCAGUCGAGGCGCAGAGGGUCUCGGCGAAGGCGGCGUCGAAGGAGCGUUGCGUCGCAUCGAUGCAAGGCGAGAACAGGCGCGCAGAGAUCUCGACGAGGCCAUCGCUGCGCUCAACACGGACAACGCAGAGUGCGAGAAGCUCAGAGUCCGCUUCGGCGCCGCGUGGAAGCAGGAGCCGGCUGGUACAGUCACGCGUGCCUGGCGCGCCGACGCCAAGUCGCAUCGCGAGGCGCUCGAGCAGGCCAGCGCAAACGACGAGCGACUGCGACACAUCUGGGCGCAGGCACGGGAAGGCAUCCAGAUUCUCCUCGGCGGCCGAGACGGCCUCGAAGCGGCCUUUGCCCAGGCCGUCGCCUCAGCAUCGGGCAGCGGCACACAGAACGGCGGUCUGCUCGACCUCUCCGAGGACGACGAGCACUCGUCCGACGCCGACCUUGCAGCGCUGCGGAACAACGUCUCGGCUAUUGAAGGACAUCUUGCCGCGCUGCACAAGAUCAAGAAGGAUCGUGCCGACACGCUCGCUGAUCUGCGCGCCAAGAUCCAGACGGACGAUAUUUCCCACCUGCUCAUUCUCAACCGCCGAGCGCCGCCAGAGGCACAGCACCAUCUCUUUGCGCAGGAGCUGGAGAAGUUCAAGUCGCACCAGACACGCCUCUCACGAGGCCAGGCGGAGCAAGAGCGCGUGCUCACUGAACUGGCGCGUGCCUGGAAGGAGAUCGGCGAAGGCGCAGCUGGCGUUCGCAUCAACGGCGAGUGGGAUAAGCGCAAUCGUGCUCGCAAGGCGCUCGUCGAUCGGCUGCGCGACGCCAAGGAGGCGCACGCUCAAGCUCGCGCCGGCGUGGCCAAGGCCAGCAAGUUCUACGAGGAGCUCGAGGAGGUCGCGGCAGAGCUGCGGCGCAGCGUGCGCGGCUUCGUCGAGGAUCGUACAUCGGAGCGCGAGCGGCUACGCGCCGAGGCCGAGUGGGAGGAGAAGGGCAGAGACUCUGCGUCGCAGCAGCCGCCGCAGCGUCAAGAUAGCUUCGAGUCGUCGUUCGCCAGCAUGAGCAUGGGAGGCGGCCGAGCUCCGCCGCCGCCGCCAUCGCAGAGCGCAUACGGCGCACCAGCUCCGCCUCGCUCGAUGUACUCGACGCCGGCGGCGCCGCCGCCGCUGCCCACGUCUGCACUCUCGCCUCAAGCAAGCGGCAACAGCUGGGCGCCGCCGCCACCUGCAACGCAGCCGUCUUACUCGAGCGCUCCUGCGCCGCCAGCAGCAUCGCCCUACGACUCUCUGAGCUCCUUCGAAGCCUUCUCGUCAUCGAGCGCCUCGCGGCCACCCACGACUGCGCCGUCGAGCUACGCCAGUCCCGGCGGCUAUUCGAGUCCUGCGCCUCCUCGAGGCUACGGCAGCGCAGCACCUCCACCGCCACCGCCGCAGCACGGAGGCUAUAUGAGUCCGCCUCCAUCUCAGCAGCAGCUAUCUCGCACUCCUUCGCUGCCUCCGCCGCCGCCACAGUGGAACGGCCACUCGCAGUCGUACAGCCAAGCUCCGCCGCCGCCUCCGCCAUCGCAGUACGGGCAGUCGCAGUACGGGCAGGCGCCUCCUCCGCCGCCGCAGCAGCGUCAGGCGAGCGGCGGCUACCCGUCGUACGGCCCGGCUCCGCCGCCGCCGCAGAGCCCAUACGGCGGCUACGGCGCUGCACCUCCGCCGCCGCCGCCGCCUCAGCAGCAGCAGCACGGCUACGGCCAGCAGUACGGUGCGCCGCCGCCGCCGCCGCCGCCAGGACAGCAGCAGCCGUACGGCGGCGGCUGGCCGCCGCGUCCGGCAUACUAGCCCUCGUCGCAAUGCAGCU